AUGGGACAACCAACAGCAGUACAAACCCCGGCAAAGACGGAUACUAGCCCCAAAAACAAGGCAGCUCGCAUGGAAGAGUGGUCUCAGCUGCCCCUUCGAGAAUGGCCCGAUAUGGAGCGCUGGCUGACAGUCAUGUCCGGCCGGUUUACCAUUGAGCGACCAAGUGAGGCGGUUUCGGAUACAUUGGGACGUAGCUACGCGAUUCCUAUCACUCCUACUCACGAUGAACAGCAGACUUUGGGAGAUAAGCCUCAUUCUGGAGUGGUCUCAUAUGCAUGGCCACCCAGGGACAAUAGGACAAGUUCGGGGAGUUCAUACGAUUCUCGUCAGCCCCACCCUGGAGUGUUGGUUUCGCCGGUUUAUUUUAGACACCAGGUCGCGGUGGAACCCGAACCCCUGCCGUCUGUAGAUAGUUCCCGAGAUGGAAGAACUGGCGAGGAUGCUGUGGGUGUUUCGGAUGCAAGAGCUGGGGUGGAGACGGGGUCGAGCAAAGCUGAGGAGCUGUCACACAAUAACCCGAGUCUUUACUUUUGA